AUGGCGGACGCACUUACGAACACAGAUUUGCAGGGCGCCUUGCCCCUGAUUGCCCGGGGAAAAGUCCGUGAUCUCUAUGAGGUGGAUGAUAAGACUCUCCUCUUCAUUGCGACUGAUCGCAUCUCCGCAUACGAUGUGAUCAUGGAGAAUGGUAUCCCUAACAAGGGAGUUCUUCUCACGUUAUGCACAAAGACAUGGUUCAAGAUCUUGACCGAUGCGAUCCCCUCUGUGCGCACGCAUUUCAUCACCCUCGACCUCCCCCCUCAGAUUCCUGCUUCCCUCCGCCCAGUGCUUCAGAACCGAAGCAUGCAGGUGCGCAAACUCAGAAUUCUGCCCAUUGAAGCCAUCGUUCGCGGCUACAUCACGGGAUCCGCUUGGAAUGAGUACAAGAAGUCGGGUACUGUCCAUGGCAUCAAGAUCGCUCCUGGUCUGAGAGAGAGCGAGGCGUUCCCUGAUGGCCCAAUCUACACUCCCAGCACCAAGGCUGAACAGGGCGAGCAUGAUGAAAAUAUUCACCCGGAUCAAGCUGCUGCCAUCCUUGGUGAACACGCAUCCACUGUUGCCAAUCUUGCCGUACAGCUGUAUAAGGCCGCACACGCCUACGCCCUGUCCCGCGGUGUUAUCAUUGCCGACACGAAAUUCGAGUUCGGUGUUGACGAGGAGACCAAUGAAGUCGUCUUGGCUGACGAGGUCCUGACACCCGACUCGUCCCGUUUCUGGCCCAAGGAUGAUUACGAAAUCGGCCGUGGCCAGCAGAGCUUUGACAAGCAGUUCCUGCGGGACUGGCUGGUUAGCGAGGGAUUGAAAGGAAAGGAGGGCGUCCGGAUGCCCGACGAGAUUGUGCAGAAGACCACCGAGAAGUAUAAGGAGGCUUGGGAGAAGAUUACCGGUGGUAACUAA